GCGGCCGCCUCGUCCUCUGAAUCCAAAAUGUUGGGCGCAAAGCCGGCCGUUUUCCUCGUUGCUGUCUUCUGCUUCGGAUGGGUCUCUUCUCAAGAUCCACAGCCGAAAAAUGAAAAGCCGGAGAAGCAGAAGAAAAAACACAAGACCCUCAUUAGUCUUGAAGCAGGAAUGGCUGGUGAAUGGACCUCAUGGUUCAACGUGGACCAUCCUGGAGGCGAAGGGGACUUUGAGACAUUGGAGGCCAUCAGGUUUUACUACCCAGACCGCCUCUGUGCCAAACCAGCGUCCAUUCAAGUCCGGACCACGGAGUGGGAGCUGCCUGAGGAAGUGGGCGAAGUGGUCCAUUUCAGCCCUCAGGACGGGUUUCGGUGCCUCAACCGGGAGCAACGUGAGGGCAAAGGGUGCUCCAAUUACCACGUCCGAUUCCUCUGCCCAUUCGAUCUGUCUGCCUGGUUGGGCUGGUCAACCUGGUCGGCUUGGAGCGCCUGUUCGCAGACGUCCUGCGGUGUCAGAGGGACCCGGACCCGGCACCGGACAUGCUUGAAUGCCUCUCCACAGCUCCAGAAGUGCCAAGGGAAACCUGCUGAGCGCCAGACCUGCUCGGCAGGACCAUGCCAAGAGCCCAAAUGGAGCAGCUGGGGGACCUGGAGUCCCUGCUCCAAAACCUGUGGAAGUGGAGGCAAGCGAAUACGCCGCCGAAAGUGCCCCAAAUCCAAGUUACACUGCGUUGGACGUCCCUCGGAGGUGCAGAAAUGUCCCCAGGCACCUUGCCCAGCUUGCAAGCUCACCUGCAAGGUCGGCGUCCCCAAUAGGAACUGCACUGGCUGCGUCUGCCGCAACCACACCGUCCUGGGCAGCGUCCACAGUGCUGACGGGAUGGCUCUUGCCAACGCCCGGAUUUCUCUUACCGGCCAACCUCGAUCCGUUUUGACCCGCAGCAACUCCAAGGGCCAGUUUGUCAUCCGCGGCCUCUGCGACGUCAACCUCAGCGCAGCCCUCGACCGCUUUGCCCCAGGGAGCGCCCCGACAGUCAGCAACGGCUCUGUGACAUCCAUUGCAGAGAUCAUCCUGCAAAGACUUGAAAAACCCUAUAUGGUGUGCCAGCCUGAAUCCAAAGUGAGGACGAUGGGACAGGAAGUGAGGUUCUGCUGCAAAGCUCAUGGUACCCCCGAACCCCAAAAGUAUUUCUGGUAUCACAACGGGACGCUGCUGGACCGCCAGGCCACCAAGUACAAUGACAGCUUGGUGCUGUAUGACCUGAAGCCACACCAAGCGGGAUCGUAUCACUGCAAAGCCAGCAAUGAACACGGAUCUAUCAAAUCAUCUGUCGCUCACUUGACGGUGAUCAAUCCAGAAGUGCCAACCUGUAUAUCGCAGCCAGAGGAAUAUCUCAUCAGGCUUCCGGACGAGUGUUUUCAAGAAGAAACAAGUUCUUACUUCUACAACGUAGGCCACUGCCCAAAUACCCGUUGUGCAGGGCACCUAGCAGAGAUGCUGGAGUGUCGUGACAAAGACGAACACUGCUGUGGACCACAGCGAAUGGAGGUGCGCGAAAUCCCUUGUGCCAGCUACAUUUUGCCCAUCAAGGUGGUCGCUGAGUGCGGGUGCACAUCCUGCACUCAACCCAAGGUCCUUGUCCGGGGCAAAGUUUCAGCAGUAGAUGAUGGAGAACCCUUGCGAUUUGGGGAGAUCUACCUAGGCAUGGAGAAGAUUGGCUUCACGGGCUACAAAGGGACCUUCACCAUCGAGGUCCCUCCUGACACUCAGAGGCUUGUGGUCAAGUUUGUGGACCCAGCAAAGAAGUUUGUGGACACAGUGAAGGUCUUCCCUUUUGACCAACGUGGUGGGGCCGUAUACCAAGAAGUCAAACUCUUAAGGAGGAAGAAACCUGUUGACAUAGAAGCCAUGGAGACCAAUGUCAUCACGCUGGGUGAAGUGGAGGAUGAAGACCCAGUUGGGGAGGUCGUCAUCCCACCGAGCUCUUUCUUCAGAGCCAACGGGGAAGCCUACAAUGGGACCGUCAAGGCCAGCGUGACCUUUGUGGACCCUCGGGACAUGGCCACCGUGAGUGCGGCCUCCACUGACUUGAACUUCAUCAAUGCCGAAGGAGAUCUCCUCCCUCUCCGGACGUAUGGCAUGUUUUCCAUGGACUUCUGGGAAGAGGAGAGCCACCAGAGCUUGGAGACAGGCAAAGUGCAGGUCAGGAUGGAUGCCGAGCUCAUCAAGAUGCCCGACCAUCUCCGGAAAAUGAAGCUGUGGUCCCUCAACCCAGUGACAGGCUUGUGGGAGGAGGAAUCGUCCUUCCGGCUGGCAAACGGCAACCGCCGUAAGCGUGAAGAGCGAGCCUUCCUGGUUGGCAACCUGGAGAUCAGGGAGCGGCGGCUGUUCAACCUUGACGUCCCAGAGAACCGCCGUUGCUUUGUCAAAGUCCGUGCCUAUAUCAGUGAAAAGUUCAACCCCAUGGACCAGCUGGAGGGAGUCGUUGUCACCCUGAUCAACCUGGAGCCGAGACCCGGUUAUCCAGCCAACCCGCAGGCCUGGGGUCGUUUCGACAGUGUGGUGACCGGUCCCAACGGGGCGUGUUUGCCCGCCUUUUGUGAUGGACAGCGAGCUGAUGCUUACACUGCUUACGUAACGGCCACCAUGGGAGGCGAGGAGCUCGAGGCCGCCCCAUCGAGCCCGAGACGCGACCCACUUACUGUGGGUGUCUCACAGCCUUACCUCAACAAGCUUGGUUACCAGCGAAGCGACCACACAGACCCGGCCCUUAAGAAGACAGCCUUCAAGAUCAACCUUGCCAAACCUAAUCCGAACAACCUCGACGAAACCAACGGGCCCAUUUACCCCUACCGGAGCCUGAAGGACUGUGAGUCUGCACCAGUUACGGCCAACCAUUUCCGCUUCUCCCGUGUGGAAGUUGAUAAGUACGAGUACAAUGUGGUGCCAUUCAAGGAGAGUGACUUGACCACCUGGACAGGGGACUACCUCUCAUGGUGGCCCAACCCACAGGAAUUCCGGGCCUGCUACAUCAAAGUGAAGAUCAACGGGCCGCAGGAAUACAUGGUGAGGUCACGGAAUGUGGGUGGCACGCACCCGCAGACCAGGGGGCAACUCUACGGCCUCCGAGACUCCCGGAGUGUGCGGGACAUCGAAACGUAUAACAGUUCCGCAGCAUGUGUGGAGUUCAAAUGCAGUGGGAUGCUAUUUGACCAAGAACUGGUAGACCGGACGUUGGUCUCCAUCAUCCCGCAGGGAAGUUGCCGCCGUACAGCAGUCAACAGCUACCUGAGAGAGUACCUGGGCCGGCACCCGCCGGCAGUGGAGAACAAUGACACGGCAGCCUUUGCCAUGUUGGCCCCAUUAGACCCACUUGGGCACAACUACGGGAUCUACACGGUGACGGACCAGAACCCGCGGCUGGCCAAGGAGAUCGCCAUUGGGCGGUGUUUCGACGGCACCUCAGAUGGCUACUCACGGGAGAUGCGGUCCCUCAAGGGCACGGCCCUGACUUUUACCUGUCAGGAGAAGCCAGUGGGGCGGAAGAGCUUCUUCCAACGACUCCUUGAGUCCCCUUCCCAAGCGCUGACAGAGAUCCAGCGAGAAAUGAGCGCCAACGAGCAGCGCCGCGGUCCAUCCCGCGCUGUGCCUUACCCAGCCAGGUUAAGGACUGUGGUUCACAAACAAACUGGGCAAAACCCUGGGCCCCAAAGGCAGGCAUAACCAGGAUUGUUGGGCUGUCUUUGUGCCACCUUGCCUACUCCUUGAGUACACUGGUAGGCAAAUAUCUCACCUUGGCAAAUUUCAUCCCUUUCCCAUCCAGGACAACCACUUUACAGAUGCGGACUGGACUCUAAUUUCAGAGGAACAC